AUGAAGACAUUGCUCAGAUUACAAGAACUAUGGGACUUGGUGGAGUAUGGGUUCAUUGAUAUAGAACCCAAUAAAGAAAAGGAGAAAAGCCUGAAAGUAACCAAGGAAGAGGAGAAAAACCUAAAAGAAAUCAAGAACAGGGAUGCCAAAGCAUUAUUCAUUCUCCAGCAAGCAGUCCAUGAGACUAUUUUCUCACGGAUUGCAGCAGCAACCACAUCAAAGCAAGCAUGGUCAAUUCUGCAGAAGGGGUUCCACGGCGAUUCAAAGGUCAUAGUAGUGAGAUUACAAUCACAAAGACAUGACUUUGAAACCUUAGUUAUAAAGAAUGGGCAAUCUAUUGCUGAGUUUUUGUCAAGAGCAAUGGCAAUAGUUAGUCAAAUGCGCUCCUACGGUGAGCAAAUUCUAGAUGAGACGGUCGUUGGAAAAGUAUUGAGAAGCUUGACUCCAAAAUUUGACCAUGUGGUUGAUGAACUAAUGGGAUCUCUUCAAGUUCAUGAGUCAAGAAUCAAUAGAUCACUUGAAAAGAAAGAAGAAAAGGCAUUUCAAGUGAAGGAGAUAGCCACCAAACAUGGAGACAAGGACCGUUCAGCAAGUAGAGGUCGAGAAAGAGGAGGAUCUCGCGAUCGUGGUAGAGGUAACUGUAGAGGCAGAGGAAGGAAUGAAGGACAAAGGCAGUCCAAUGAGCAAGGAAACAUGAAGAGUGGCAUUCAAUGUUAUCAUUCCAAGAGAUAUGGGCAUAUAAAAGCUGAUUGUUGGUACAGAGAUCAGAACAUGAAUUUUGCAGCAGAAAAUGAAGAAGAAAACAAGCUUUUUAUGGCUUGUAUUGAUACUAACUGUAAACCAAGUGAUUUGUGGUUUGUAGACAGCAGUUGUUCGAACCAUAUGACGAGCACCAAAUCUUUGUUCCAGGAGCUUGAUGAGACGCAAAGGAUAAAAGUACAGCUUGGCAACAAAAAAUAG